GUCACAACUGAAAAAAACGAUUGCCGGCAAAUACACCAGGCAAGUAUGUUGUGACAAUGAUACGUUCUAAAUCUGCUUCAUUAGUCUUUUGCAUUGGUGGUAUAGGCAGCAGCAUGCUGCUUAUGUUGUAAGAGACACAAGUUGUAGGAGUUAUCUGAGAGCUCUGGGUGCUCUGACGUAAUCUAUGUAUAGAUCCAAUUUUAUAGACCUCAGAUACUCUAGCCUUCUAACAAAAUCCAACCAUGGACUAAUACCCCAGCCCCCCCUUAGACCCUACCUCUCUGAAGUCCCACCCCAAAACUGAUGAGGCUGGUAGCAAGCCUUGAAAUCAUGCACUUGAAGCAAUAAUGGAACUAUCUUCCAGGAAGAGUAAAGAAUACAAGCUGUGGUAUUAUCUUGUCAGCAUUAAUAUUGCCCUAUUGGUGUUUUCCCUCUGUCAUAACUUUUCCUUGGGUUAUAAAUUCAGAUCUAAGUUAUCUUUAUAGAACCAAAAUAAACAUUGUAACUUUCAAUUGAGGUCUCUGAGGCCUGGUCUACACUAAGGGGGGGGGUCGAACUAGGGUACACAAGUUCAGCGACGCUAUUCGCUAGUUCGACUGACUAGUCAGAAGUACCCUAGUUCGACUGACUUACCCGUCCAGACGCGGCGGGGUCGAACUCCGCGGCUCCAAGGUCGACUCCACCACCGCCGUUCGCGGUGGUGGAGUUCCGGAGUCGACCGGAGCGCGCGGGGAGUUCGAACUCCGAGAAGUCGAACUCACCCCGUUGACCCGGACGGUGAGUAUAGACCUACCCUGAGAUCCCGGAGCCUUAAUGUCAGAAAGAAUUCCUGAACUAUCUUAAUGCUGACCACAGAUGGGAGAUGGUUUUUGAAUUUUAAUGUGCAAGCAGCUUUGAAACUUCCUAAAUCAAAUAUGUGGCCCAGUGUCUCAUUUUACUACUGAUCUUCUCUGAAAUGUUAGUAAAACGCUUCUCCUGUCCAAAGAAGUGAACUUAUCAGAGGAGUGGAUAAGGAGGAAGGCUGCUAUUUGACAUGUUGUGGUUCAAAUGCCUUUCUUUGGUUGCUGUGUUAGGAAACUCGGGAGUGACUGUUGCAUAUGAAACCUGUACCUGUUGCUCCUCAGGUCUCUAUUCUAUCCGCGAUGGAGCUGAUCUGGAACUUGUGUGAGAUCCUUUUUGUUGAAGUAGCACCAGCUGGUCAUCUCCUGCUUCACCUCCUCGACUGGGUUCGUCUUCAUGUGUGUGAUGUAGACAGCAUGGUCCGUGAAGUUCUGAGCAGUGAAAAUCCAUCAAAGCAUAAAGACUUCUGGAAUGCUGUGGACAUCUUCGUGCUGCAGGGCCGGAUGGAUGAUGCACGGCAUUUACUCUCUAAGGAAGCCAGUGCCAACCCCACAUCGAUGGGCAUGUGCAAAAUUCUGGAUGACUUGAUGAAGAAGAUGCCCAUUCUUAGUAUUGGCAACACCCAGACGCUGACUGAGAUGGAACUGAAAUGGCAGCAUUGGCAUGAAGAAUGUCAGCGGUACCUCCAGGAUGGGACCUUUGCUUCCAAUCUCCACAUGGAGUCCAUCUGCAAGAUCCUGCUGGGAGAUGAGAACGCCAUACUGGAGAAGAAGGAGCUCAUGACUUCUUGGUACCACUUUCUGGUCACCCGACUUGUCUACUCCCAUCCAACUGUGAAGCCAGUGGAACUUCGCUUCUAUGCACAGUCUAGCCUGGACCUGUUCCUGGGAGGAGAGAGCAGCCCUGAACCUCUAGACAGCAUCUUAAUGGCAGCCUUUGAGUUCGAGAUCCAUCAAGUGAUUAAAGAAUGCAGCAUCGCCCUGAGCAACUGGUGGUUUGUGGCUCAUCUGACUGACCUGCUGGAUCAUUGUAAACUCCUGCAGUCUCACAAUCUCUAUUUUGGUUCCAAUAUGCGUGAAUUCCUCCUGUUGGAGUAUGCCUCCGGGCUCUUUUCCCAUCACAGUCUGUGGCAGCUGGGGGUAGAUUAUUUUGAUCAUUGUCCAGAGUAUGGCAAGGUUUACCUGGAGCUUCAUAUUGAGCGAAUCCCCCUCAACACAGAGCAAAAAGCCCUCAAGGUGCUGAGGAUCUGUGAGCAGAGACAGAUGCACGACCAAGUUCGCAGCAUCUGUAAAAUCAUGGCCAUGAAAGCUGUGCGGAACAAUCGUUUAGGCUCAGCACUGUCCUGGAGCAUCCGAGCCAAGGACGCAGCAUUUGCUACACUCAUAUCAGACAGAUUCCUGAAGGAUUAUUGUGAGAAAGGCAGCUUCUCAGACCUGGACCUUAUCGAUAACUUGGGACCCUCCAUGCUGCUCAGUGAUCGGCUGACGUUUCUUGGGAAGUACCGAGAAUUCCAUCGGCUGUAUGGCGAGAAGCGGUUCUCUGAAGCUGCCAAGCUGCUCCUGAUGCUGAUGACGGCUCAUAUUGCUCCAUGUUCCUUCUGGAUGACCCUGUUGACUGACGCUCUUCCCCUCCUGGAGCAGAAAGAGGUAAUAUUUUCAGCAGAGCAGACAUAUGAAUUGAUGCGCUGCUUGGAGGACCUGACAGCUGGAAAGACAGAUAACCAAAAACUCCAGGUUGAUGACAUUGAGACUACCAAGGUGGAAAUCCUGAGACUUGCUCUUGCACGAAACCUUGCCCGAGCUAUUGUCAAGGAGGGCACGUUGGAAGGAUCAUGAGAAUGGGCUACUGAAGUAACGCUAUGGCACACUGUACAUAAAACUGACUGCUUUUCUAAGAAUAAAUGUCUUGUUUUCAUA